CACAAACCUGUUAAGUGGUAAAACAGUUUAUUCACGAUAAGGUUGGAAAGUUGUCGUUUAGAGAAAGAUUACUUUUGAAGGCGGGCCAUCGUCGCUAGUAUUCUUGGCCUCCCCUCAUUGGCCUGAAGGAAACGUUAAACGCUCUCCUGGUUGGCCAGUUUCUCUGCCCGUCGAAAGUCUUGCUUUUUUGUGUGACCUGAUUGGACGAUAAAUGCGCGUGCGCUUCGCCAGACCGGAACUUGAAUUAAUAAAGUUUCAGAUAGCGAGUUAAGAUUUAAAUCGUGUUUAGUUUUAAUCUAUUAUUUAAAGCAGAAAGCUUUAACUUUUUUAUAACCUAAAGAUGAAGUUGAGGACCGCAUCUUUUGUGUCAUUAACUCAGUCGUCGACGCGGAGGCUUUGGAAGAAGACUUUACAUUGAAACCGGAAGUGGUUGAAAUAUUUGGAUUUGAGAGUUGAACAAACAUUUGGAAGUCACAAAACAGCGAAUACAUUCAUUGUAAAUUAAAUCGGAAGUCGUACUUUCAACGCAAACUUUGACAACAUACGUUUUAACAGUUUGAUGGUUGUUAUUUUUGCACUUUCUCGCUUGGCGUCUGACUCCGCCCACACAUUCCAGUCAGUCUGGUGGGCGAGGAAGAAGGAGGAGGAGGAGGAGAGAAAAGGAAGGUGAGACAGACGCCAACUGUGUUGAUGUCGAAGACGGCAAGAGGAGAUAAUCAACAAAAAAAACAUUCGGACGUUGACGCGUCUUUAACUCACUUUUUGGUGACGAAUUCCUGUUAAAAAACACACACACAAAAAGUUACUGCGAACUUUUCUUGUUUGCUGUCGUGCCGGAGGAGGACACAGCGGGGACAGAGGACCAUGGAGAUCCUGGACUCCACUGAAGCCUUCCUGCAUUGGGACCGGAACCUCAGUGAGCUGUCCGAGGCUGCGGACAUGGACUGUGCUCUCUACACUAAUCAUUUCUCCGAGCUCCUGGACGACCUCUCCCAGGACGCUCUGCUCGGGCAGCUCCUCAGCGACCCCUUCCUUUCCGGCGGGGUGCGAGGAGUUGGCGCGGACGCCAUGGAGGGCGAGGACGGGGGCGACCUGUCCCCGUCCUCGCCGCUGCCACCGCAUAUCACGGCCGAGCACAGUUACUCACUGUGCGGCGACAGCAGGCCGCAGUCGCCGCUGUCGCACCUGACCGGGGAGCACGGCAGCGACGCAGAAUCCGAUGGUGACUCGGCCGAGUGGCCCAUGGACCAGGAUGAGGCCAUGGAGGGCCUCCUGGGCGACGCCCCCGCCUCCCUCCUGCCCACCUUCCCCCUCUCUCUGGGAUCCGCUGAGGAGCCCGAAGCCCCCGAGGCCCCCAUCAUCGCCGUCACUGUGACCCCCACCAGCCCGGCCCAGAGCCCCGUCAGCAGCCUCCACGACAAAAGCAUCAAGGUGAAGGAGGAGAGCGUCCUCCCAAAGAUCAAACUGGAACCUCACGAAGUGGACCAGUUUCUCAACCUGUCCGCCAAAGGUCUGGAUCAGAUGCCACCCACCCCUCCCAGCUCCCACGGCAGCGACUCGGAGGGCAGCCAGAGCCCCGUGCACGCCCCUCCGAGCCUGUCCCGCCCCACCUCGCCGGCCUGCCCGCCUCCCGCCCAGCCCAGUCUGAAGGCGUCCCCCCGCGGGAGCUCCUCCUCCUCCUUAUCCAACUCACCUCUGCUCACCGCCCCCCACAAGCUUCAGGGCUCCGGACCACUGAUGCUGACUGAAGAGGAGCGCCGCACGCUGGUCGCCGAGGGUUAUCCCGUUCCCACCAAGCUGCCGCUCACCAAGGCGGAGGAGAAGGCGCUGAAGAAGAUACGCAGGAAGAUCAAGAAUAAGAUUUCAGCCCAGGAGAGUCGCAGGAAGAAGAAGGAAUACAUGGACACCUUGGAGAAGAAGGUGGAGACAUGCUCCAACGAAAACUGUGAACUGCGCAGAAAAGUGGAGACACUGGAGUGCACCAACAAGUCUCUGCUGCAGCAGCUCCAGUCCUUGCAAGCAUCACUCUCCGGUAGACUCCCCAAAUCGUGCAGAGUGGCGACCACGCAGACGUCAUCCUGCCUAAUGGUGGUGGUGAUGUGUUUCGCUCUCUUUCUGGGAAGCUUCUACCCCAGCGGCCUCACCCCGUCCUCCGGCCUCGCCCAGAGUGGCCCGGCCUCCAAACAAAUGGCCGUCAAAGAGUCCUACUUGGCCACAGUCAAGUCCAGAAGUCUCUUGUCCACUUUGGAAGACGAGCCGCCGCACCUCCUGGGCCUGGGCGGCGAGUAUCCCGACCACUGGGAGGACACGCCCGCUGUCGUCAUGGCAGCAUGGCGCCGCUCAGAGCAGCAGAGAGUGUCGCAGGAGCCGAGGCGGGCGGAGACACACCCGCCUUUCAGGAGUAAAAGCAACGACACGCACGCGCCAAAGAACCUGCACAGGCCUCUGGAGCAGAGGACGAACGAGAGCCGAAGUAAAACGCUCGCGCUGGAGCGAACCGUCAACGAGACCUCCUGAGGUCUACCCCCACCCAACAAAAGCCCCCCCCCCCCCCCCCAUCGCCCUCCCCGGCCUUCGUCUGACAAUCGUCUGACUUCUCACUGCUUUUUCUUCUAUUCUGUCGCUCCUCAAUCAGCCGACAGGAAGUAGUGACAGCACAGCAGAAUAAAAGUAAGAAGAGUAUAAAUGGCGGCGCUCGUGUUGAAGUAAAGCUGCACUGAAUAUGAGCGUCGUCUUGUGAUUAAACGUCAGCGCCGUCAAAGCACACGAGGAGGCUUUUUACAGGGCACUGACUUCAGUAUUUAUAGACUCGUUUGUUUCCAAAGACUAUUGUUCUGUUGUUUUUACGCCAUUCCCUUACCUUCUUUUGAUACUCGUGCUUUUAUUUUCUUAUCCUUUUAUAUAUUGUUUGUAUGUUCCUAACGUGCCUUAUCGCAUUCCCCGCGCCGCUUUCAAGCUUAGGGGUUGACCACAGCCAAGUUGGAGCGUGGCCCGCGGUUGACCACAGCAUGGGCCGCCACCAGGGGGCGCCUUAAAGUGUUUAAGCGUGUGUAAACUUUAUCUUGACUUGCAGCAUUCGCAGAAAAACAAACAAAAAAAGAUUUUUGUAAAUAGAAUUCAUUUAAAAUGUCUAAAAUCUCAGUGCCUCAUCCUCACGAAUCUCCAAAAGAUUGAAAGAUUAAUGCGGGAACGCUGACAUUGGAAACGAUUAACCGCUGUGACUGAACCCUAUCAGGUGGAGAAUGUUCUCCGUGUUCUUGUGUGCUUCUGCACCUUGCUUGCAAUAAAGUAUUUUCCUUAGUGAAAGCAUA